AUGUCAACAAUUAAUAUAUCGUCACAAAAACAACCCUUACCGUUUAAUGAAUUAGAAAAAGAGUUAAGUCGUAAUAGAGAUUUAUUUUAUAAACCUUUAGUAAAUGCUAGGGACAUUGCAUUAUCCUCAAGGAAAAAAGGAUCUCAGAAGGUUAACAGGCCACUAAACAGUUUCAUGGUUUAUAAAAUAAAUUUCAACCAAGUAGUUAAAUUAUAUGGUUACUCAUGGGGCAAAAAUAUGAAACAUGCGACGCGUUAUGCUUCAUUUCUUUGGAAGCAAGCAACACCACAAGAAAGAAGCAUAUUCGUAGAAAUAGCAAAUGAAUCGAGAGUAAUUCAUAAAGAAUUAAAUCCCGGGUAUAACUAUUCCCAUACUGUCAGAAGAGCCUCCAACUUUGUUAUGGUCGAUUUCUCCAAAAGAAAAAAUAGCACUAAUAAUACUAAUAUUGAUGAUUCUAGUUUAAUUAAUCAACGUUAUUUAAUCACAGAUUGUGAUAUCAUAUAUCGGUUCUGA